GCAAGCAAAGUGGUACCGACGGGUUCCGUUCCAGAAGAAGAGAGGCAUGGACGGAAGGAGAAGAAAAUACACUGCCCCUGGUUCAGAAUAUAUGAUUCCAUCAAGAACAAGGAGAUACUGGAAAAGGAGGAAACUGAUUGAGGCCAUCAACAUGCAUCAGUCAAACCAGGAAGUGAACCAGGAUUCCUCUGACCACGACUCUGACAGUGGCUCAGAAGACGCACAUGAUGGUGGUGGGAUUACUCAGAACCUGGAUCAGGAUUCCUCUGACAACAGAUCUGAAAAUGCAUGUGAUGUUGAUGACAAUAAACAGAACCUGGAUCAGGAUUCCUCUGACAACAGAUCUGAAAAUGCAUGUGAUGUUGAUGACAAUAAAAGCCUGCACGCAGACCCUGAAUCCAAUGAACUACCACCAAAUUUGAGCCAAAAAACAGAGUCAUCAAUCUUCAGUUUUGAGGACAGUGUUGAUUUUGGUGUGUUUGAACCACUAUGGCAGUCUUUUACUGACUCUGAAUCCAUUGGCAGUGGAGAAGAAUUUCCCAUGGAAGACAACACUGACAAGUCAGUAAAUGAAGAAUUACAUUUGAGUGUAGGCAUUAAUGAAAUAUUUCCUCCAGUAAAUGAUGAGCCACUUUACACAGGCUCACAACUAACCAAAGCUCAGAGUUUUUUACUUAUCCUUUCAUAUGCUUUGAGACACUCACUUACUGGUGUGGCCCUGUCUGAUCUUUUAGAUUUGAUUAAUAUCCACUGUCCAGAAAAUGUUUUAACUUCAAAGCAUCUGUUCUUAAAAGAGCUUAAACCAAUACAAGGUCACCUAGAAUGUCACAUAUACUGUCCCAACUGUGAAUAUUACAUCGGCGACCAAGUCACUGAAGGGCAGUGUUCUGUAUGUAACUCUACGUGGGAUAGAAACAGCUCACUGAAGAAUGGAAAUUUCUUCCUAUACUUACCCAUCCAAACACAACUGGAACAUCUUCUUCAAAGAGAAGAUAUUGCAUCUUGUCUUAAGUCUGGAAAUGGCACAUGUAAUUCAGACGAUUAUGAUGACAUAUGUUGUGGUAAAAUGUAUCAUAAUCUGAACAAAGGUGGCGGCCCACUAGAUAGUCCUCAUGCAUUCUCCUUAACAUUAAAUUGUGAUGGAGUUCCAGUAUUCAAAUCAUCCCAGUAUGGAAUUUGGCCAUUACAAGGGAUGGUAAACGAGCUUCCUUUUCAUGUCCGUAAAGAGAAUGUUUUACUUUUUGGCCUAUGGUUUGGUACUAAAAAGCCAAAUGUUAAUAUAUUUUUAAAACCAUUCACAAAAGAGUGUCAGUCUUUGUCAACUGUUGGCUUCAAGUUACACAGCAACAACAUUGUGAAUCAUUGUAGAGUGAUAGCAGCUGUUAUGAUGUGUGAUUCAGUUGCCAGGCCCAUUCUGCAAAACAUGACUCAAUUUAAUGGUCAUUAUGGGUGCAGCCUCUGCCUACAUCCUGGUGAACAAGUUCCAAAGGGAAAUGGAACUGUUAGGGUUUAUCCAUACAAAGAAGUUCCAAAAAGGGAUCAUGCUUCAACCCUAAAUGAUGCAAGGGAGGCUGUGCGUACCACACAAUCUGUGAGGGGCAUUAAAGGGCCCACAUGUCUUGUCAACAUCCCACACUUUGACCUCAUAUCUGGAAUGCCUCCUGACCAUAUGCAUAAUGUACAUCUUGGAGUUGUUCGGCAAAUGACAAGUAUGUGGCUGGAUAGUGAACACCAUGAGGAGCCAUACUAUAUUGGUAAUCGUGUUCCUGAGCUUGACAAACAACUCUUGAGAAUUAAACCACCUUGCAAUAUCACAAGAGUGCCCCGCUCUUUUCAGCAAAGAAAGUUUUGGAAAGCCAGUGAAUGGCAGAACUGGUUACUUUUUUAUAGCAUCUUUGUGCUAAAGGGAAUACUACCCCAUGCAUUUUACCAGCACUGGUUAAUCCUUGUCACCUUCAUGUUCUUGCUAUGUAAGGACACUGUCACAUCAGAGGGGUUAAAAAGAUGUGAAAAACUAGUUGUUGAGUUUGUCAAACAGUUUGAAACACUGUAUGGAAAGGAAAAUGUGUCAUUUAACGUACAUUUAUGUCUUCAUUUGCCGGACUCUGUGAGAAAUUGGGGACCUUUGUGGGCACAUUCAGGAUAUAUUUUUGAGUCUUUUAAUGGGGAGAUACUAAAGAUGUUUCAUGGCACCCAGUGUGUUCCCUUACAAAUAAUGAAACAAUUCACAUAUAGACAAGUGUUGCCUCUUUUGAAAAACAAUGCACUGAGAAAUGCUGUGCCUAGAUGUAUACAGCUGUAUAACAACUUGACUGGUGAAAAAAAGCUGAAACAGUUUGAAAGAGUAGCAGAUCAAGUUGUGACCCUUGGUUUACACUAUGUUCGAAAACUUACUAACGAAGAGAUACUGGCUAUGAGAGAGAAACUUUCAGUCACCACGGAUACAACUGUGAAAAUAUUCAGUAGAACUUUCGUCAGAGGAGAACUGUAUUACUCAGAGCAGUUCACUAGAGUAAUGAAAAGGAACAGCUUCACUGUUUUGCUGGAUAAUGGACACAUAAUCACUGUGUAUUAUUACAUUGUGAGAAGAACGCAGCAGAGUCCUGUGGAAUAUCAAACUUCUUUAUUCAAUACACUUGCAGUCUGUCCUGACCUACACUGUAAAGCCGCCUUCACACUGCACACGACAAACGACCGCAGAUAA